AUGACGCUCAAGAUUACCACUGGUAGCGAAAGGGCCGCCGAUGUUCGCCUGGUGACCUCGGACGGCUUCGUUAUUCCAUUCCAUACUCUUAUCCUCGAGUACGGAUGGCUCAAGCUCAAGGACUUGCUCUCCUUCAUCUACGAGGGCACAUACCAGGAUGAGGACAAGACCUUGACCUUCCCUAGGGUCGAGCCUCCCGCCUCACCUUCGUCCGUCAACAGACUGAGCGACACUCCUCUGGAGUAUCAAGAGGCUGCUUUGACCCAGGGCUUGCACAACCUGCACCUCACCUCUCAGCCUUGCAAAUCUGUUACCCUGCUCAAGGCUUUGGCCAGUGUGAAGGUGUACCGUGCUGCCAUCACUUGGGACAUUGAUCGUCUCAUGAUCGAGGCCGCUCAUAGAUUCGGCAACUUCAUCUCUGGUUCUUUCGACAAGGAUGACUUCCCUCAGUUUGUCAACGCUGUCUUCAAAUCAGUGGUCGAUUCCGACGGUCUGUUGUAUGGCCACCUGGUUGAGGAGUGCUUCAGUCACUGCCAGGAUCUCGUCGAGAACAAGGUCUUCCUCACCGUUCUGGAGCACAACGGCAAGCUUGCUGUUCUCCUGUACCGAAGACUGGCCAGGCUCCAGGCAUCCACCAAUGGCACCUUAUACAUGCUGCCGCACACCUCUUCGGCCUCCGGUCCCAGUAAUUCUGCUUCUGUUGUCGACUCUUCAGCUGUCGCCAAUGUUCAGGCUCAGCUCACUGAGGCUCUCGAUGCCGUCUCUGCUAGGCAAAAGCGUAUUGAGGCUCUGGAGCAGGAGGCUGCUCGUCUCAAGGAGACUGUCACUGAGGCACAGGAUGCCGCUUCUUCCAAGCAGAAGCAGAUUGAUGUCCUUGAGCAGGAGGCCGCUCAAGCCAAGGGCCAGAAGACUCCCUUGACCAAUCUGGAGGGCCAAGUUCAGAAGCUCAUGAUGCAAAAGGUCAACAAGGAUACUGUCAUCGACAACCUUGAGCACCAGCUUGAGCAGCAGGAGCGCAAGAACGUUGAGCUCGGUCAUACACUCACUAACGCAAAUGAGCGCAACGCUGAAUUGGUGCGCCAAAUCAACUCUCAGCGCAUUGGCCAGCCCGAUAACACUAUGCAUAUUCUGGAGCGCAAGGAGGCGAUUGAGAACUCUGAGAAGCUGCAGGCUCGCCUGACUGCUUCGGAGGACAAGAUCAAGGAGCUCGAGGCUCAGCUGGCUGCUCACGUUCAGCAGUCGAUCAUUGCUGCUCCGGUCUUCGUUCCCCAGUCUGUGACCAACUGCGCUGCCCAGCCCUCUCGCCCUCAGCAACCUACCCAGCCUCCACAGGAUGCUGGGCCCAAACGCAAGAUCGAGGGCUUUGGCGAGAUGAAUGGCACGAUGGACACUAUCGCUAAGCUGUCAAGCACUGCUCCCGCUGCACGCCCUCCUUCGCCUCUUCCCACUCCUCCUGUGCCUACUGCCCCGACCAUGAUCACUCAGACUGGAACUUCUGGCGGAGUCAUGACAUUUGCUGAUAGGAUUGCACGCAGCCGCCGCAUAGCUGCCGGUCUCCAAGGCGGUGACCAAGAAAGCGCCUCUUCCAGCGAGGUCCCUCCCCGUAUGACCGUCGCCCCAUGUGGUCCUCCCAGCGCCAUCGAGCAGCCCAUGCGCUCUCCCAGCGUUGCACCUUCAACCAGCAGCACCGUGGCCGGCAGCGCACCAUCUGUCAAUGGUGCCCCUCGUGGUCCUCAUGCCGCUGCCCUUGCUCGUGGUGGCGGUGGCCCUCACUCGCGCCUGACCAAAGGAGGUCCUCACGCUGCUUCCAGAACUUCCGUUGCCGCUGCUAGCGCCCAAACCAAUGGCACCUCUCAGCACAACGCCCGUCAGGAAAACGCCACUGCUGCCGUUCCUGUUGUCCCUCCCUCUACCACACACACUGCUGGUCCCGCUGGUAGCACCGCGGCUUCUGCUCGCGAUCCCUCCGCUGAUCCUGCUACCACUACCAAUGGUGAGGUCAGUGCUUCUCCCGAUGAGAGAGACAGCCUCAUUCAGCGCCUGACAAGCCAUAACAGCUUCCUUAGGGCCCAACUGAACGAUGCUCGCGCUGGUCCUGCCAGCAACAUCCAGUCUCAAGGUCGUGGUGGUUUCGGCCCUCCCUCCAACGGCCGCCCCUCCGGGGGUGGCGAUCGCCUCGAAAGAGUUCUAAAGGCUCUGAAGGAGUAUGCUUUGGACCAUAAGUCCUGCAAUGACUGCAGCAUCAACUUCAACUCUCAGUUCAGAGGGAUGGUCGACAACAUCAAUGAUCCAGACUUGAUCUUGAUGUGCAGCAAGUGCGGCAACGAGAAGUGCCGCUGGCGCUGCUGA